AUGGAACGUGCAGAUACAGUUCCUAUUAGAGCAAUCGCAUGGGUCCCAUCUGAAAGGUUAGCGAUGUCAGAUGACUUUCUCGACCAAGAGAGUCCAAAUCUUAUACUCACUGCCGGACAUUUGGGCCUAAAGUUUUGGGACAUACGUGAUCCAUUCCGACCUUUGUGGGACCUCCAUCCAGCGCCAAAACUCAUAUAUAGCUUGGAUUGGCUGCCAGAUCCAAGAUGUAUACUUUUAUCCUUUGAUGAUGGGACAAUGAGACUCCUUAGCCUGGCAAAGGCUGCAUAUGAUGCUGCUGUUAAUGGAAAACCUUCUGUUGGACCAAAACAACUAGGGAUGCACAUUUUUAAUUGUUCUUCCUUUGCUAUCUGGAGUGUUCAGGUAUCAAGGCUUACAGGCAUGGUUGCAUAUUGCAGCGCAGAUGGUACUGUUUGCCGCUUCCAGCUCACAACCAAAGCAGUGGAGAAAGAUCCAGCAAGACAUAGGGCCCCACAUUUUGCUUGUGGGUCACUGACUGAGGAUGAAUCAGCUAUUAUAGUUGGCACUCCAUUACCAGAUGCUCCUUUACCUUUGAAAAAGCCGGUUAACGAUGUUGGGAACAAUCCAAAAUCCAAGCAGCCCUUGUCAAUGUCAACCAAAGCUGCAAAAAAUCCAACUUCAGAUGAUCAACCAUUGGGUAAGUGUGAAAUUUUCGCCUCUACAUUCUCGUCAAUACCUUUGCUUUCCUUCUCCCUUUUGAUCAUCAAGUUUGUCAAACUUGUUGCAGCUCUGUGCUAUGGUGAUGAUCCAGGUAUGGAUCAUGGAUCAGAUGAAACAUUGACAGCUUCAAAAAGCAAAGAGAAACCAAAAUCUAAAAGUGGCAGUAAGAAACAGGAAGGAGAGGAUCAAGCAUUGGUAUGCAUAGGUGACAAGCAAGACGACAAACAGAGAGAAAGUGGAAAGGAGGGAGCUGGGAAUGUAAUUGAAAGCAUCCCUCCUAAAAUUGUAGCAAUGCAUAGAGUUAGAUGGAAUAUGAACAAAGGUAGUGAAAGAUGGCUGUGCUCCGGAGGAGCAGCCGGAAUCGUACGUUGUCAAGAAAUCAAAAUGUCUGAUAUGGAUAUAUCCUUGGCUAGGAAGAGAUAA